AUGAAGGAGCUGCUGUCUUGUUCACAUCCAUUCUCAAAGCAAGCUGUAGAACACGUGCAAAGUCAUCUAUCCAAGAAACAAGUGACGUCAGCUCUUUUUCAGCCAUACAUAGAAGAAAUUUGUGAAAGUCUUCGAGGCAGCAUUUUUCAAAAAUUCAUGGAAAGUGACAAGUUCACUAGAUUUUGUCAGUGGAAAAACGUGGAAUUAAAUAUCCAUUUGACAAUGAAUGAUUUCAGCGUACAUAGGAUUAUCGGACGAGGAGGAUUCGGUGAAGUAUAUGGUUGCAGGAAAGCAGACACUGGAAAAAUGUAUGCGAUGAAAUGCUUGGAUAAGAAGAGGAUCAAGAUGAAACAAGGAGAAACCUUAGCCUUAAAUGAAAGGAUCAUGUUGUCCCUGGUGAGCACAGGAGAUUGUCCUUUCAUUGUCUGUAUGACCUAUGCCUUCCAUAUGCCAGAUAAACUCUGCUUCAUCUUGGAUCUGAUGAACGGGGGCGAUUUGCACUAUCAUCUUUCACAGCACGGGGUGUUUUCUGAGAAGGAGAUGCGGUUUUACGCCACAGAAGUCAUCCUGGGGCUGGAACACAUGCACAAUCGGUUUGUCGUUUACAGAGAUUUGAAGCCCGCAAAUAUCCUCUUGGAUGAACACGGACACGUUAGGAUAUCAGACCUUGGUCUUGCCUGCGAUUUUUCCAAAAAGAAGCCGCACGCGAGUGUGGGCACCCACGGGUACAUGGCUCCCGAGGUCCUGCAGAAAGGGACUGCGUACGACAGCAGUGCCGACUGGUUCUCCCUGGGUUGUAUGCUUUUCAAACUUCUGAGAGGUCACAGCCCUUUCAGACAACAUAAAACCGAAGAUAAGCAUGAGAUAGACCGAAUGACACUCACCAUGAAUGUGGAACUUCCAGACAUCUUCUCCCCUGAGCUGCAGUCCCUUCUGGAAGGCUUGCUGCAGCGAGACGUUAGUAAGCGACUCGGCUGCCAUGGACGCGGUGCACAGGAACUAAAAACGCACGACUUCUUCAGAGGCAUCGACAGGCAGCAAGUCUACCUGCAGAAGUACCCUCCACCCUUGAUCCCUCCCCGGGGGGAAGUCAAUGUGGCCGACGCCUUUGACAUCGGCUCAUUUGAUGAAGAGGAUACCAAAGGCAUCAAGCUUCUUGAUUGCGACCAAGAACUCUACAAGAACUUCCCUUUGGUGAUCUCUGAGCGCUGGCAGCAGGAAGUGGCGGAAACUGUUUAUGAAGCAGUAAAUGCAGACACGGAUAAAAUCGAGGCCAGGAAGAGAGCUAAAAAUAAGCAGCUUGGCCACGAAGAAGAUUACGCUCUGGGAAGAGACUGCAUCAUGCAUGGGUACAUGCUGAAGCUGGGAAACCCAUUCCUGACUCAGUGGCAGCGUCGAUAUUUUUACCUCUUUCCAAACAGACUUGAAUGGAGAGGAGAGGGCGAGUCACGACAAAAUUUACUGACAAUGGAACAGAUUGUGUCUGUGGAAGAAACUCAGAUUAAAGACAAAAAGUGCAUUUUGUUGAGGAUAAAAGGAGGGAAGCAAUUUGUCUUGCAGUGUGAGAGUGACCCGGAGUUUCUGCAGUGGAAGAAAGAGCUGACGGAGACGUUCACCGAGGCCCAGCGGCUGUUACGUCGAGCCCCCAAGUUCCUCAAAAAAUCCCGCUCGGCCAUCGUGGAGCUCUCGAAGCCGCCCCUCUGCCACAGGAACAGCAAUGGCCUCUGACCCCUGGCACGGGGAGGGUCCCACGAGACGGCACCUCCUCCGGGAAGUCCGCAUGGGCUGCUCGACCCGCGAAGUGGAGCCUUUGGGAGAAGUGUGAGGAUGAGAGAUGGAGUUGCUCACCUCCGGGGUGCUCCGUGGCUGGGGGGACCCAGGACUCUGAGAUGCUCCUACUAGGAGUGGCGACCACCCUCAGGCUUGGGGGCGCCUCCUCCCCUUCUGAGGGCCUCCCGCCACGAUCGCGUCCAUCCGCCCUCGAAACCA